UAUGGCGUCUUCCGGCCUAUCUGAUGUCGCGGCGGAAGAAGGGGGAGCAGAUACGACAAAAGCCAAGCUAACCUCAGGAUGGUCCAAGCGUGGCAAGGGUUCCUGUCCAAAUUGUGGUUUGCAAUAUAGUUGCCGUUACAAGCCACCAAGUUGUUCAGGAUGCAAUUUUGAGCUUGGAGGAUCAUAUGUCCCUAAAAAAAAGCCUCGUCCAUUGGUGCCUAAGUGUACCUUGGUGGUGCAGCCAUCAGACGGGUUAUCAAUCUACUCGGUUAAUACCAGUACCCAUGAUGAUCGAUGUAUUGUGGUUCGUGAAGAGGCUUCAUCUAUGUGUCAGCAUCACCUGUGUAAACAGAAUAGAGCCAUUCAUAUUAACAGCCAAAAAGUGGCAAGCUUUAGUUGUCAGCAUUUGGAAUCCACCAGAGAUUGUACAACUCCUCUUCAGACAUUCAAUGGGAUAUCAGAUGAGGUCAUUUCCAGUUAUCUCUGUGAUGAUGAAACAAAAAAAACCCUGGCAGAAGUGGCAAAUGCAUCAAAGGCACAGUCAUUUCCAGUUGUGGUGCAUGUUUCUCCAACUAUGUAUUGCGUCUUUGGAAUGGCAACCACAAACAACACUGUUGGAUAUUGCCAUGUCAAGGUAACUGAAAAGGAAAUUAAAUGCUGUUCCAAAGACUGCAAAGGUAUGUUGAAGAGCAAGCAGCAAAAGUCCCGAAAAGUUUGCACCCACAUCCAUCUUUUAUUGGCUCUUGGCAUUUUUACACACAACGAAUGUGUGUCAGCAGAUCUUCCCCCACCAAUAGUGCCAGACAGUUCCUUGACAACAAUUGACAGAAGUGGGAGCAAGUCUCGCAAGGCAACCAUGGGACUUAAAAUGAAGUUAAAGUUGCCAUAUGUCAUUCCAAAACCCAUUAUUCAGGCAGCAAGUAAAAUGGAUUUUUCCGGGUGGCCAGAGCAGUUUGAACCAGACCAAAUUUUGUGCGAUUUGUGUAAAAGUCCUCUUGGUCAGUCCAAGCCACACCCAAAUCAACGUGGGCGAUCAAUCAUAAUGACCAAUGGAUGUCCAUUCAAAACAGUCAAAAUGCUAGUCAAAGAUUGCUCAUGUUGCUUUGUUAUGCACCAAGUGUUUCCCUACACAUUAGGUCUGUUUAAUAUUAGUGACAAGGUUCUGGUGGCACUUGAAAUUCUAUUAGAGUUCCGAGAAUUGUUCAAAAGAGGAGUGCCAAUUUCUGUAGCCAUAAAAAGUAAAUUAGCUGUGAUGGUCCAGAAAGUUAAGGAGUCGCCAACAGAAAAUGAGUUGGAAAGUAUUGCCACACAUUUAUACAAUGGGUUUUAUUGCUUUGAGGCAAUAACUGAACGCAAUAUGGAUUCAGGUGUUUGUGGGAUUUGUGGUACUGUUGGUGAAGUGUAUUUUGGGGAUGGGAAUGAAAAAAAUUGCUGCAGCAUUAGCGAGAUUGAUUACUCACCACUACAAGAUAUAGAUUAUGAGGAAGAUGAUCCUAUUUCCCUUGAGAUGUUCUUGGAGAAAUUAAAAUACAAUUUGGUGGAAAAGACAACCUACACACGAUCUGAAAAGGCCACUAUCCACUUUUCCACCAUCCCACCAGUCAUAGCCCCAUCAUUGAGAGGUACAAAAUUGUUCAACACUGAAGGGGAAAAAAAGUGCUUUUCUCAAGCAAUAUGGCAAACCUAAUGAAGGUGAUCCAGCUCUUUUGCAUCAUUGGAUAUCCACUCAAGUAGUUGACAUGAACACAAUUGAGCAAUGCAGUGUCGAGAAGCUGAAAGAACUUUGUCAUUUGUGUAAUAUAGCAAUUUCAGGCAAAUCAAAGGCAAGAAUGCUCAUUGAUUUGCGGUCAUUGUAUGAAACCUUGCUGGUUGGUUCAUGUCCUUGCCAUGGCUUCACAAAAGUGCCAGGGCAUACUGGUGGUUUCUACCACAUUGUUUGUCGCCAUGGCGUAAGUAUAGAAAUAUUUCACCUGCAAUGCAACUCUACUUUUGAGACGUGUAAAUUACGAAAGUACAACUUUAUUU